UUAUUGCAGCAAUUAUAAGAGCUUAAGAGCCCUCUGGCAGCAGCAGGCAGCAGCAUUUGAAAAGGAGUCUGAGAAGAUGAGGGCAGCACUUCCUUUAGUGUUGGCAGUACUGCAGUUCUGUGCAACACCACUGCACUCAAUCCCCACUCCAGAUGUUUCUGCAGAAAACAAGAUCCAUCUAAACCCUGACUUAGGGGAUGUGGUACCACCUCUUGAUGCCUGGACGACAGUAGUAAAUUCUGAUACUCCCCCAGAGUUAGUGUCCAAGGAUCAGGGGAACUCAGCAUUCAUGUUUCAGGAAAAUGUCAACUUAAAAUGGGUUAGCUGGGAAGGCUCACUUCCAAAUGGGGCUGUAGGCAUCUACAAUGGUUACACAGGACGCACUGACUAUGUGUGCAAAUUCAACUGUGAGUCUGGAUUCUACACCCCAAGCAAAGGCCCAUACUGCAAAUACCCAUAUGCAGACGCUGAAUACACUGCCACUAAGUUUGAAGUGUUGGUCAAUGAGGACCACUUUGAGUUCCUGGAAUGGAACCAAGGUUCCUAUGGUUCUGUGCCCAAACAUUCAGUGAAGACUUGUCCUGGAAUUGACAUCUUUGUCGGCAAAAACAAAUAUGGGCUAGGUAAAGUUGUAACUAAACAUGAGGCCUUCUUCCUGCCUUGGGAAGGCAAGGAGUAUUGGUACAAGUCAUAUGAUGUCCUGGCCAUUAACAGGGACACUUACAGCCAGCAAAUCUCCCAUGUUGUAUAUGCUAUUGACCAGGUCAAGCUGUUCCAUCAUCCACCAGAGACCAUCCAAAUGGCCAGGGCCACCAACUAUGAGUGCUCCAGCAUUGAAAAGACAGUUCUUUUGCAGAAGUCUAGCACUGUAGAGAAGUUCUGGGACAUUGGUAGAGAAACUCGAAAUGGAUCCACCUCAACCAUGACUGGGAAAAUCCCAAUCAUCAACCCAGACAAUGUGGACUUCACCAAAGAACAGACAGUAAGUUUUUCUGAGGGGACAAGGAUGAUUGAGACUGUCAGCCACUCAAUGUCUCUACAGGUCUUGGUCCCACCAAACCAUUCAUGCUUAGUAAGAAUGGAGGCGAGAAGGAUGACUGCUGAUAUCCCGUUCACAGCCCGGCUGAGUCGUACAUACAACAAUGGAAACACUCAAUGGACCACUGUCACUGGGACAUAUGAUGGUGUGAAGAUUGGAGAAAUUAAUGCCGUGGUGGAACGCUGUAAUCCUAUCCCUGAUGCCCCUCCAUGCCUUUAUGGAAGUGACUGAGGACAAAGGAUCUGCCCUUAUACUUCCACAUUUGCAUCACUGACAGAAUAAUUUCAAAAGUCCACUACUGAGUGACAUGGUAAUAUCAUAAAUUAGCUGCCUUAAUCGCAUGUAUCCGUGUUAAUAAAGUACAUGUUGCAGUUAUGGAUGAUUGUAUAUUUCUGUAGCUUGAUAUACAUUUGGUGACCAUAUUAAUUUGCACACAACAUUGUUUGUAUUUUCAUUUAUAAUCUAUUAUAGAGUUGGAUACCAAAGGUUUUUCCCCCACAAAUGCAGCCAGGAAACUUAAUUUUGAUGUUGUUUUGGAAAAUGGUAUUCAUUUUCAACUAUUACCUAAACAUAAACUACAUAUUAAUAAGUGACUAACUAGAACAUGAAAAGCUUGUAUAAUACUAAAUGCAAUAGGAGAUAAAGUUUACAAGUAUACUGUGAAAUCCAACUAAGAAACUUUAUCAAACAUGUUUUAUAUAUUGACUACAGAGAAAAUCCAUGGAGUCUGAUUUUUCACCAUUAAAUUCUAAAACCUUCUAAUCACAGCCCAGAACAAUGGAAAAGCUGUCUGGAUAUAAUAUCAUAAAGAUUACUUUUAAAGAAUAGUCCUUUCAUAUUAACAACCAGUAGAGGUCACUGCAGUUUGAAAUGAACAUUUUUCAUCACAAAUCUGUAUGUAUAUCUACUUUCAGACUGGGCGUUUAUUAUGGAAAACAGCUAGAAGUAAGGCCACCCUUUCUACUAGGUCUAACAAAGUAGGGGGAGUAAGUGGUUUAAGAAAAAAUUCCCACAAUCUACCUAAGAUCCAUAAGUGUUUUCCCUCAGUCAGCAUGUUUAAACAAGUCCAGUUUCUGUCUCGUCACACAUUACCAUCUAAACAGUUGAACAUUUGACAGGUGCUGUGUUUGGUGAGAUAGUCUCAAUCCCCUGGGCCCGUAUUUAUACUAUGAGCCACACAGUGCAUACUACUCCUAUCUAAACAGUCGAUCAGCUUGACAAUCACACCAUUUCGACUCUGUAUGCAAACCCAUGCAAACUAACACCAGACUCCAACUGUCCACACACUCUCCAAGAGCAAACAUCGAUAUAAAUAGGUAGUUGCUUGUCCCCAUGCAAUAAACGGUGUUAUUAUUGUUGGGACUCAACUGAAGAGUGUGGACAUUAUUCAUGUAAACACAGGAAUAUUUGAGAUUCACUCGCUUAUGGUGUUCACACAAGGAUUUGUUUGGGCAGUGUUGAGGGGUCAAUAUUGACUUUAGAGAAUUGAUGGUCUGUAUUGGUCAUGGUCACCACAUUUACCUGUCGCUGUGGGAGAUAGCAAGAAAAAAACGCUCAGGAUAACGGACAGUAUAUGUAAACAACUAUUAGACUUGAGAUAUGUAGACUUGUGCAAGUAGACUUGAGAUAUUAGAGCGAUACAUACCCAUGAUUUAUUUUAUUUUUUUAAAAGAGAGAGAGAGAGAGAGAUACAUAAGAAAGAUUAUUUUCCCAUAGCAUAAACGAUUGGAUGAGAGAACUUUCCCAUUACACAAUCUCUACAGUGUUCUCUCUUUCUUGCUCUCUUCCAGUGAGCAAGCGAAUUGUUUCAUUGAUAUGAGUAUCAGCCUAAUGAGGAUAAGGAACAUCUUAAUAUAGAAUCCUAAAUCCUCCAUUAAUCCUUCAUUACAGCUCAAGUCUCAUUCACAGCUCCUGCCUCCUUCAUGAAGGCACACUCCCUCCAUCCCAUGCCAUUGUUCUUCCUAUGAAAUACUGUAUCUCUCAGUCUUUGUCCCAUGUCACUUAAAGCUGAUAUGUUCUCAUUAGGCUUUGAUGUUCAUUAGGGUUUAGACUGAAAUAUGCUUCUUUUGUGUGGUGUAUGGUAUUAGAAAUAUAAGACAUAUGUUUAAUGAGUAUAGGCCAACUGGGAGAGACUCAUGUGAGAUCUCAGGGAAGAUGAUAUUCUGUGGUGAGAGAACUGUACUACAUGGCUGCUUGAGUCUCUUUAUGCAUAUACUGCAUGCCUGAUUUAGCUGUUGUUGUUUGUUUUGUUUUGUUUUGUUUAUGGGGUUUAUAAAGUGUGAUGAAAGGCUCUGCUAUUAUAGAUGUAGUACUACAUUAAAACUAAAUACUUUCAUUUCCAUUACUACUAACUGCUUUUGAUAUGAAAUCGCCUCCAGCUGUAAAUGACUCCAGGCCAAAGUCCAGUACAUUUCCAUGUUUCUAGCAUACUCAUAAAAGAGGGUAAUAUACUCAUAAAAGGGUUUCUUGAUGGUUUCUUUCUU